CGUUUGUAAAAUGUCAGGCCUAAGAGCUCCAUCUAAUUAUACUGAAGAACCACAACGUCAUCCAAGUCUCAUUGUAAAUUCCCAGGAACCUUUCAACGCAGGACCACCACGUUCAGCCUUAAUCGCAUCCUAUGUGACGCCAGUAGAUUUGUUCUACAAGCGAAACCAUGGGCCAAUCCCUGUCAUUGAUGACAUUGAAAGAUAUCGAGUGUCUAUAUGUGGUUUGGUGGAAAAGCCCCUGGAACUAUCAAUGGCUGAUAUUAGGAAGCUACGAAGGCACAUUGUGACAGCCACUUUACAAUGUGCAGGUAAUAGAAGGACUGCAAUGAGCAAAGUAAAAGCAGUGAAAGGAGUUGGCUGGGAUGUUUCUGCUAUUGGAAAUGCCAUUUGGGGUGGGGCUAAACUUGCUGAUGUUCUCGAACUUGUGGGGAUCUCUAAGUUAACAUCAGUGUCCCCAUUAGGAGGAAAGCAUGUUGAGUUCGCAAGUGUUGACAAGUGCAAGGAGGAAAAAGGAGGACCGUACAAGGGAUCAAUUCCGUUAAUUCAGGCAACAAACUCAGAUGCUGAGGUUUUACUUGCAUAUGAGAUGAAUGGAGAGCCUCUAAACAGGGAUCACGGGUAUCCGCUGCGCGUAAUUGUUCCUGGUGUUAUAGGUGCACGUUCUGUUAAAUGGCUGAGUUCUAUCAAUAUAAUUGAAAAUGAGUGUCAGGGAUUCUUUAUGCAAAGGGACUACAAAAUGUUUCCUCCUACUGUGAACUGGGAAAAUAUUGAUUGGUCAACCCGGAGGCCUCAAAUGGAUUUUCCUGUUCAGUCUGUUAUUUGUUCUUUGGAGGAAGAAAAUACAGUGAAGCCUGGAAAGGUAUGUCAUCUGUUUAAGCACAGCUUUCAUUAAGCACAAUGGGAAUAGGGCCAACUUUGUAAGGAUAUGUAAGAUUCAGACUGAUGUAUCAAUCAGAGUGUUGUCUAGAAUAAGCAAUUCGAGUUUGUAUAGAAAAUUUUCUAUCUGCCACCAUAUGCUGCUGGCUACAACUAUACAUAAACAUCAAUUUGAAUAACCUAAUUAGCAGGCACAUUCUUGGGAAGGGGCCAUCAAUUGGAUUAGCCUUAGUGACU